AUGCACUAGCAUACUAGCAUCUGGUAUAUUCAUAGCAAUUGUUCUGACUUAUAAGAUUACUGGAUCUCAUUUUAACGCUGGAAUAAGUAUUGGUAUUUUCAUGCUUGGAAAAAGAAAGUUCCAAUUCUAGUCACUUACAUCAUAUCUUAAAUAUUCGGUGUUUACUUUGGAAUGGUCUUUUCCUACUUAGUGUUAGGUCACGACCAAUCUCUAAAUCUUCAUCCUCCUGAUAACCAAAACUAAGAGAUUUACUAUGUUUUUCUAACUGAGAUGUUCUUUUCGUGGAUUUUCAUGACAGUGUAUUUGCAUGCAAAGACCAGCAAGAUUGCACCUUCAACUGAUCCCGGGCUUAGGGCAAUUACUAUGAUGGUUGUGUAGUACGUUAAUUCUGGUAUGAUCAUGCCAGUUACAGGAGGAUGCCUUAAUCCAACAAUUGGUUUCUGUGCAGUUACAUUCAGAGCAAUUGUUACCAAGCACAGUGAGACAUCUUACAUGAAAUAUCUACCAGCAUAUUUAUUUGGACCUCUAAUUGCAGGAUUCUUAGCUGGAGCCUUUGUAAGAUAUGUAGCUCUUGUAGUCGCCCCUGAGUCACCUGAUUCAGCACCCCCUGAAUUUAAUACAUCAAAACAAUAGUUAAAUGAUUCUAGAAGCACACAUGGUGGUGCUGCUGCUGAUUACUACCAGAUUAGGAAUAAUCAUGAUUGA